CCAAGAGCCCGGAUAUCUCGCGAGUCCGACUCCGAAGCUCCAGUCACGUGUGUUUGUUUAAAGCCGGUGCGAGCCCAGCCACUGGGGACUUCGGCGGCGACACCCCUAAAGCUGCGCCUCCGUUGCAGUCCGACUUCUCCUUCACCCGGGCUAGUCUUUGCCGGGCCGGCCAGUAGUCACGUGACGCUCCUUCGCCCUCUGUGCUGCAGCGAGCGAGAUACCGAGAAACCGCACGGCUGGGGAGUGAGAUGUCCGAGGCCCCCGCAGGCCGGUCACUGUGUGCUUUUGUGCUGUUUCUGGCUGGAGAAAAGAGCGUGGAAGGUGGCUUUUAAGCAGGGGCGUAGCAAGGUGGAUACAGUGAAGAAAGAACAACAAGAACUGAUCUAAAUUCAUAUAGCCCUGAGCAUGGCUGUUCCCAUAGCAGUUAUUGAUUGUGAUCUCUUGCUAUAUGGUCGUGGUCAUAGGACACUUGAUCGCUUCAAGCUGGAGGAUGUAACUGAUGAGUAUCUGGUUUCUGUGUAUGGCUUCCCACGUCAAUUCAUUUACUAUUUGGUGGAUCUUCUAGGUGCCAACCUCUCUCGCCCUACCCAACGAUCCAGAGCCAUCAGCCCAGAAACACAAAUUCUUGCUGCCUUAGGCUUUUACACUUCUGGCUCUUUUCAAACUCGCAUGGGAGAUGCCAUUGGCAUCAGCCAGGCCUCUAUGAGCCGUUGUGUUGCCAAUGUUACUGAGGCCCUGGUCGAAAGAGCCUCUCAGUUCAUUCAUUUCCCAGAAGAUGAAGCGUCAAUACAACAUCUGAAGAAUGACUUCUAUGGACUGGCAGGUAUGCCAGGAGUACUAGGACUUGUUGAUUGCAUUCAUGUAGCAAUAAAGGCACCCAAUGCAGAGGACCUGUCCUAUGUGAAUCAAAAGGGUCUUCAUUCUUUAAACUGCCUGGUGGUAUGUGAUGCCAGAGGGAUGCUACUGAGUGCAGAAACACACUGGCCAGGCAGCCUGCAGGAUUGCACUGUGCUACAGCAGUCAGCGCUUAGGAACCAAUUCGAGGCUGGUAUGCACAAAGAUGGCUGGUUACUUGGUGACAGUUCGUUCUUUCUGCGCACCUGGCUAAUGACUCCUUUGCAUAUCCCCGAGACCCCUGCAGAGUAUCGUUAUAACAUGGCACAUUCGGCCACUCACAACGUCAUUGAGCGAACAUUCAGGACAAUUCGAUCCCGGUUUCGUUGCCUGGAUGGGUCAAAGGGCACCCUGCAGUACUCUCCAGAGAAGGCCAGCCACAUCAUCCUGGCCUGCUGUGUGCUUCAUAACAUCUCUCUGGACCAUGGGCUGGAUGUGUGGUCUUCUUCAACAAUGGGACAGAUGGAACAGCCAGAGGAAGAAUAUGAGCAUAUGGAAUCGCUUGACUCUGAAGCCUAUCAAGUUCGCCAGGAGUUAUUACUCACGCAUUUUAGCUAAUGUAAUGAGACACACUGAUUUAAGACAAACUGUGUAGGCAGAUUUUCCUUUAAAAUACAACAAAAGAAAGGUGUAGAGAAAGGAUUGCUUAUAGGAGCUAUGGGUGAAACCGUCAUGUUGUGUUUGGGGAAUAUUUUUCAUUUAAUAGACUAUCUUGGUUUUGCUGUGCAAGUUGCAUCUGAGUCACUGAAUGCUCAGUAUUUCAGUACAUGGUUUUUUAAUGUUCAAAUGUAUUGGAUGAAAGUUCAUCAAAGACACUAAUAAAAGAUUAGAGAGGA